AUGGCGUAUUAUUCUAAUUCAUUACAAGCUGCUUUUGUUCAAUCGGAUAGAAAUCGAGAUGGAGUAUUAGAUCGACAUGAAUUUCGAAAUUUUCUUGAUUUUCAAAAUGCUGAUCGUAAUCAAGAUGGACGUAUUAGUUAUGGUGAAUUCGCAAACAUAGCUGCACCAAAUCUUUAUGUUCCUCCAAGAAAUGCGGCACAAGCUUUUCGAAUAGCUGAUCAAAAUCAUGAUGGUUUUUUAGAUCGACGAGAAUUGGCUGAUUUCUCUGACUUUCAAUAUGCUGAUUUAAAUCAUGAUGGUCGUGUUGAUCCGAACGAAAUGCGUAUGUUUCUUGCUAGCAAUCAAAUGGCAAACUAUUCACCUUAUUAUCAAGGACAACAACAUCAAUAUCAACAUAAUCAAUAUAUGUAUCCACGACGUCGUUACUAA